GCAAGUUAAGUCGAAGCCGAAGUUCAAAGCCCAAGCCGAGUUUCCAACAAUCUAAAAGUCUCUAGCGAUUCGAUUCGCCAAACACCCUUACAUGCUUAGCCCACUUCCCGUUAUCCCCGACCUAGACCCAAGCAGUACAGUACAUAGGUACCUAGGUACAGUAUCUCUCUUCUUAUUCCUCACCGUACCUAUCAUCUUAUCACAAUCCAUUCCAUUCCAUUUCAUUCCAUUCAUGACCGCUCUGUCUGUCCUCUCUUCUUGCCCUCCCUUACAGUACCUAGAAAUUCGAAAACCAGCUUAUCUAGUCCUGCUAGCCAGCAGCGUUCUCUUCUAUCCCACCAGGCCUCUCCUCCGCAGGUACAUGUACAUACUUACAGUCUAAGUACCUACUUAUAAAUACCUACCUUACCUUACCUUACCUUACUAUACGUACUAAACCCCCCAUCCCCAUCCCCAUCCCAUCCCAUCCCAUCCCAUCC